UUUUUUCCUGUGGCUCUUUGUUCUAAGCACUACAGCUCCACAGUCUUUGACCAACAGAAAUUGGAGAGCCAUUGAUGGAAAAUGUCUCAGCCCUUAAACACAGCACCACACGCCAUCCCACCUCACACUCUGACCCGGCUGGCCCGAGAGUGGUUGACAGAGGACACUCCAAACUUUGACCCGGCAGGAGUGUGUGUGGGGUCACAGGAGGUUGAGGCACGGUUGCUGUGUAAAACACCAUACAGCCUCCUGGCAGGGAGCCCCUUCUUCACAGCAGUGUUCACUGAGGUCGGCUGCACCGUGGAAUGGAUUAGUCAGGAGGGAGCUGAGAUUGGUCCAGAUGCCGUCACGCUGACUGCUGUGGUGAGAGGCCCAGCAAGAUGCCUCCUCCUCGGGGAAAGGCCGGCUCUCAACUGCCUGGCCCGGGCCUCAGGGAUCGCCACACGCUGUUCUCAGCUCCAGGCAAUGGCAACAGCGAGAAGCUGGCAUGGAGAAGUGGCUGGCACACGCAAAACCACCCCGGGCUUCCGUCUGGUAGAAAAGUACGCUAUGCUGGUUGGCGGUGUGUCCAUGCAUAGACAAGACCUGAGUGGAAUGGUGAUGCUGAAGGACAACCAUGUCUGGGCAUCAGGAAGUAUCACACAGGCUGUGAAAGCUGUUCGGUCAGUGUCUGGCUUCAGCAGUAAGAUUGAGGUGGAGUGCCGCUCUGUAGAGGAGGGCAGAGAGGCAGCCGGAGCUGGAGCAGACAUCGUUAUGCUGGACAACUUUCAACCUCAGGAGCUCCAUGUUGCAGCUCAUGCACUGAGGGAGGAGUUCCCAACACUACUGAUCGAGGCCAGUGGAGGAGUGACUCCAGAGAACAUGGCUAUGUAUUUAUCCCCACAUGUGGACAUCGUUUCUCUGGGCUGCAUAACACAGGGAUGCCCAGUUGUGGACUUUUCUCUCAAGGUUCAAAAGUCUAGUGUUAACUCAAGCCUGCAAGAAUGAGAAAGUACACAGUGGCCCAGUGAUUGAAUUAGAACAUGGGGUGAGAUAUUGAUCUAAAAAUAACCGUCUAGGUUUAAUGACACUUUCAUGUAGUUCUUUGUAAAUCUAAAUAUGCAAAGCUGCCUUCCCAUAACGGAACAGCAGUCAAGAGUUCAAAUGUAAGCAGUCUAUGUAACAAAGAAAGACAGAAUAAAAGGGGAAUCAAGAAAAAUGUAUAUGAUAUUAUAGGACAUUUUUCUUCUCACUUGAAUUAUUUUCUAAUAGAUGUGUCUAGCCAUGUAUAUAAGCUUGUUUUAGUUUUCCCGAUUUUGAGGUUUAACAUCUACUGCUCCCCCACACAAAGGAGAUGAAUGGUGCUCACAUCAUUGAAAAAUGCAACAGCAACAUUUUGUUCCAGAAAACAUUAUUUUUGUAUAAUCUACAGACAUCAGAGACAGUCAAAGUGAUACCGGAACUUCUAGAUUAUUUUCAAAUACAAAUCAACAUUACUUUACUCAAAGUAUGUUACGAGCUGUUAGUGUAUGUUUAAAUAUGAAAUUAAGACAUUAUCUUAUCAGAUGUGUGCUAAUUUGAAACAGUUUCCAGAAAAAAAAUCAGAAAAUUGGCUAAAGCCAGGUUUAAAAAUUCUCAUUUUGUUGACAUAUUAGUCAAAGUUGAUUAAAAGGGGAUUUCUCUUUUUUUCACUCCAUAAAUCAGAAAAUACCGUCAACAGCAUUAAAAAUGAACGGUUUUCGCCAUGUUUUUAAGAAUACAGUGUUCUAUAAAUCAGACUAUGAAUAAUAUAGUAACAAAGCCCUAUGUAAAAACAUAUACCAAUAGAGAGGAAUGAUUGGUUGGUGGUUAAAUUCCUGUUCCUCCUGUCUGUAUGUCAAACUGUGAAUAAGGGAGCAACUGAACCCCAAGAUGAUCCCUGGGUGCUUUACAGCAGCCCACUGCUCCUAAAUGCUUAGGAUGGGAUAAAUGCAGAGGCCAGAUUUCAUGUGUGUAUAUGAACAUUGUAAUAAAGUUAAGGUUAACUGAAGUUCAUUGUGCUACUAUAUGUACUUUUACUCAAGGCAAAAUCUAAAUGCAGGAGUUUUACUUGUAAUGGACUAUUUUCAUACUGAGGUGUUGCUACUUUUACGGAAAUAAAAGAUCUUAUACA